AUGAGUGGCACUCACCCUUCACUUGAAGUUAAUGUCGCCGGUAUCCGGAUGAAAAACCCCGUCAUGACGGCGUCGGGGACUUUUGGCUACGGCAGCGAGUACGUGGACUUCAUUGACCUGAAUCAGAUUGGUGCGGUCGUUGUCAAAGGGAUCACCAGUGUGCCGUGGACGGGAAAUCCGAUGCCACGAAUCUUUGAGACGCCAUCGGGAAUGCUCAACGCGAUUGGGUUGCAAAAUGUUGGCGUUGAUGGAUUCAUUGAUAAGAAGCUGCCCUAUCUCCGCAACUUCGAUGUGCCCGUCAUUGUGAACAUCUGCGGCAAGCAGGUGGAAGAAUAUUUGGAAAUUACGGAGAAGCUGGACGCUGCCGAUGGGGUUGCGGCAAUAGAGCUCAACAUCUCCUGUCCAAAUGUCCAUUCCGGUGGGAUGAGUUUUGGCGUUGACCCAAAGUUGACCGAUGAACUGGUUAAAAGCGUUAGAGAGAAGACUACCCUACCGCUACUUGUCAAACUCUCGCCAAAUGUCACAGAUAUUACGGUCAUUGCGCGAGCUGCGGCGGAUGCCGGUGCCGAUGGGCUUUCCGUGAUCAAUACCGCCCUUGGCAUGGCAAUCGACAUCAACACCCGUCGUCCACAACUUGCCAACGUCACAGGUGGGCUUUCGGGACCCGCCAUCAAGCCGAUUGCGUUGCGUAUGGUUUGGCAGGUCUACAAUGCGGUCAGCAUUCCAAUCAUCGGCAUGGGCGGCAUCAUGACUGGCGAUGACGCUAUUGAGUUUUGCAUCGCAGGUGCUUCCGCCGUUGCGGUCGGGACCGCAAAUUUCAUCAAUCCACGCGCCUCCCUAGAUGUAGUUGACGGCAUCGAAGAAUAUCUUGAACAGCAUGGGAUGCGUUCAAUCGCAGAAUUGGUGGGGAGUUUGGAAGUCACAGAAAUGAAAAAAUUCAGAUAA